AUGGUGCCUAGUGGCCGCAAGGCUAUGAACAAAUCCCACCAUGUGACAAAAAUUGCCUCCAAAAAUGAUUUGACGGACAGGUUGCGCCCUGUUGAUAUUGAGGACGCGGUGCUCCCAAGUAGAAGAGCCCACCAUCGGGCAAAAGCGGUGCAGACUUGGAAGUGGUGCGGAAUACCUGAUUCGUCCGACUCCUAUUCGGACUCGGAGGAGGUUUCAGACGGGUCCGAUGCCAUCGACCUGGUUUACUCUGAGGACUCUUCUCCCGAACACAGUGUGACUGCACCAACAGCUAUAGAAGCUAGACAGGAGGCGUUCUAUCUUAGACCCUCAAGUGGAACCCCUUUUUGA